AUGAAUGCUGGAAAAACGGAGGUGGAUGACGAGUGGCAACAAUGGUUUUCGAUGAUGAUGACGAGAGAUCAGCGGAUGGUCUUCGGCCGCGAGACGAUCACGCUGCGUCUCCGCGCCGCCGCUCGCGCUAUUGCCGUCCUACAGCCGUCCGUCGCCCGCCGUCGGUUCGCCGUCACAGUCCGUCGCGCGUCGUCGAUCUGCUGUGACCGUCCGUCUCCCGCCAUCCGUUUGCCGCCACCGUCAGCGUCUCGCGUGGUCAGCCGAGCUGCCGUUUCCGGCUGUCUACAGUCCUCUACUCCAAUCAAAUAG